GAAAAUAUGUGACCUUACUGAAUGGGCGGUAGUUCGAAUGAACAACGUUUAUUUCGGUAACGCUGGUAAAUCCUGGCAUUCGUGCUUAGAGAAGUGUGAAGAAAAUCACGUCUACCAGUAGUUAAUGGAAUCUUUUGUAGCUACAUCUUUCGGCUUCGAGCAGUACCUUCGCUUGUCACACUCUCAAAUUAAGGCCAUCCGACAAGCAUUUUAUAAUGCUGCUGCUUUUAUAAUUCUUUCUUUAAUAUGCGUUGCCAUUCUGGCAGUUUAUUAUACGCUCCAGGUUUUUGUCAGACCUCUUUUGUGGGCCGUUUUGUGCGGGACUGUGUUAUAUCCAUUUAAAAAUUCGUUAACUGAUGUUAUUCGUGGAUGGGUUAGGCGUGUUGAUGCAGAAGAUCAGUUGCUUUUAGUAGAGACUGUUGUUGUACCGUUCCGAGUUUCUAAUGCUCUCUAUUCCAUUUUAAUCAAGAAAAUGUCUGAUCACUGGAGUUUGCUUAAGACAUCUCUGUUUCUUCUCCUCGCUUUCAACAUUUCUUCCUACUUUGAUUUUUUCUGGCUCCCUGGAUUAUCUAUAAGUAUCUCUUACUUCUUAAUAUCAUUCGUUGAUUGCGUCUUAGAGUUUACAUCGUUCAAAUUGGUUAUUACUCUAGGUAUUAUCUACGGCAUGAUUGCUUUAUUAAAACCAUCCAAUUUCCACUUCGUGUACAGUGUGUCACACUUUUUCUGGCUUUCAUUGCUGUUGUGGUGUACAUCGUUUGGUGGGGUUCUAAGGAUACCCGUAUUUUUAUUUUCUGUUGCAGUCUUGAUAGUUGGCUACUGGGGUUUCACUGAAGAAGCUGAUGGCAGUUGUCAAGAACGGUGGGCUUCUUGCCAUACUGUUACUGCUUUAGAUGGGGGAUCUCCCGAGUUAAUUAGGAGUGCAGUUUCCUGUGACACACUGGCAGAAGUUAGUACGGAAUUCAGUAAGCCUUUCGAGGGUUCUACUCAAAUACACCAAAGUCAGACAAAAAAGGAAGAACAACAGCGUCAAACUGGUCUUCCUCUAAGAUGGUCGCAGUUUCUGAGGCAAGCUUUCCUUCCAGUACAGACAGGAUCGUCCUAUGGAUUUGAUCCAGUUAGUGAGCUCCGAGCUUUCAUGUCUGAACAGUUGUGUUUAUCUUCCGCAAAAUCAUGGAGUGCAAUAUUGGAAGGAAAAGGGUUUCGUGCGAGAGGUAGUUCACUUCCUAGAUCGGGAAACAUUUUUGACGCAGCUUGUACAAACGAUACUUGUUAUCCUGACAGUUCAUUUGUCAAUCGCUGUUUUCUUGCAUUAUUAUGGGCUCAUUUUCUCGUCGCUAUUUGGCUUUAUCAAUGGCCAUUAUAUUUGAUUUGUUUUAUCUUAAUUUUCUUUGGGAUUUUUCGUCUAUCACUUUGUUUAAAAUUACAAGAACUAUCACAUUGGGUUCUUUAUAAACUGAACAGUCUAUUACAGACCAUUACUCCGAAUUUGACUAUGGAACAAAGAAAAGCUUAUUUAAAGUCGGUCGUCCCUAGGCCUGUGCACGGAUUGCUUACAUUAUUGGGAUAUUGCGAUAGAAAACUUUGUCGUUACUUGGACUCAUGGGUAGACAGUGUAGUCAGCCUUUUUAUUCUUGUCUUCUUUAUUUUCACUUUUUGUCUGCUGACAAUGUUUUUAUCAUUUCAGAUUCACAAUGAAAGUAUUCAUUUGGUAUCGCUAACAAGUGAUUUUAUCAAUAAAGCGUUGAACAGUGAAGCAUAUAGUUGGCUUCCUAGAAGGGAACAAGUUGAUGGGAUGUUUAAUGUUUUAGUUACAAAUGCUUAUCAGGCUGGACGAAGUUGGAUAUCCGAUAAGAUCAAUGAACUUUUCGAAGCAGAUCCGAAUUCAAAGGCAAUAUUAAAAGAACAACUUUUAUAUUUGUGGGAGAAUAUUUAUAAUUCUUUUAUCAAUCAGUCAAUGAACACUACAUUGAUGACUAAUCAAUCAGUCAUUAAUAAUCAAACUUUACCGUUCUUGUUGCAUAAUCAUAUAAAUUCCAAUGCAAUUACUCCACGUGGGGUUGGAAGAGUUUCAUUAAAUCGAUUUUUUAUCAAUACUACUCGGAUAUUUAAUCGCCACGCUUUAAGUUCAUUGUUUGUGAUUUUCAAACAGAACUUGGGCACAUUUGCAACUAUCACAGAAUCAGUAUGGGGUUUGAUGCGUAGUAAUGUGAAUUUAAUUGCUCAGUUAAUAACAACUUUAUUUUCAUUGAUAAUGAGUGGUGGGCAUGUGGCAAUGAAUUUUAUGAUUGCUUUUCUCAUUUUUUUAACAGUUCUUUAUUAUGUAUUAGCUGCGAGUGGAUCGUGUUAUCUCCCUGUUGCUUUCAUUUCUUCAUUAACACCAACUUUUUCUGGAACUAAUUCAUUAAUUACGCAUUUAUAUUCAACUGUGGAAUCAGCUAUUAGUGGAGUAUUUGUUGCAACAUUAAAAUUGGCUUUAUUUUAUGGUUUAUAUACAUCACUUACUCAUAUUAUAUUUGGAUUAGAUCUUGUAAUAAUUCCAUCUGUAUUUGCUGCUAUAUUAGGCGCUGUCCCAAUUAUAGGCACAUAUUGGGCUGUUCUACCGGGUGCAAUUGAGAUUAUUAUAAUUCGUCAGUCAUUAUCUCAAGCUGGUCUUCUCAUACUUUUCCAUUUGUUGCCAACAUAUGUCGUUGAUAUUUCAGUUUAUAGAGAAAUUAAAGGAGCGGGUCAUCCUUAUUUUACCGGUUUGGCGAUUGCUGGUGGAAUAUACUGUCAAGGUCCUGAAGGUGCCAUAAUUGGUCCUAUUCUACUAUGUUGUUUUUUGGUUGGGAUAAAUAUGUUUCGAUGGGCGAUGGAUUCUAGUAAAAAAGCGUUAGCUGCUGAUCAAUGUGAAUAUAACUCUCACUACUCGCCUCCUACUUCGCCAACUACAGUGCAUACUUAUAAAGCUUGUAAUUCAUCAGUCAUGUCCGAUCGUUUCCACGACGCAAACUCAUUUAGCAAGUAUUCCAACCCAUCUACAAAGUUUCGUAGACCAAUCUUCAAACGAAGACCAAAAUACCGAUUUAAUAAACAUUCAUUUUCUAUGCCAGACAUUUCGGACGUAUCUGACGAAUCAUUUCAAACUCCACAAAUUAAACCUCACACAACAAAGUUGAAUUCACCUGUAUCAAGUAUACAUUUUGCUGCACAUUCAUCAACUCCUGCACAUACAUAUAUACCUUGAUUUAAAUAACUAAUUCACUGAUCAAACCAAAACAUUCGUUUGUUCGUCUUGUCAGAAGAAAGAAAACGUCUGUGUGUGUAUGUGUUGAAUUCCUUCUCAACAUUUCUUGAGGUCUAUUUACACUUAUAUUUAUACAUAAGAAACAAAUGCAACGGAGAUGAUCGAUAAUGUUUUAACACUGAUUUGGUCUUCUCUGUCAGUUCAUUUUCUCCAGUGAUUAUUCAUCUCAUUGACUGUCAUUUUCCCUCAUCUUGACGUUGUUCAAGGAACACUCAUGAUAUAUAUAUAUAUGCAUUUUCUGGUCUGAACUUCGUUUCGUUUAUUGGAAGAAAACCGAUAAACAUUUCGAGGUAUCAGUUUUCAUAUUACUUAGAUCCUGACAUUCGUUUUUUUCUCAUUUUCAGAUUAAAUACAUACUAUAAGAAUAAAGAAUAUAGAGAUUUUAUUGCAAAUAAAUUAUUUUUUUCGCUGUUCUAUGUAUCUCAUUAAAGUUAACUGUUAUUUCUACUUUUUCAUUCACUUAAAAAAAUUAUAUAAACUAAGAGAUACCAUAAUGAUAACGCUUUAUAUUACAUAUUAUAUGUUAUGACUUAUUUUAUUGGAGGUAUAGAUUAUAAUAUUUUCAGUUUACUUAGUUGCUUAUGUGCGUAACUUUUAUAGCAUUGUAAAAUUGAAUCUAAGAUAUACACAAGUGUUGCGUGAAUAAUAUUGUGUUAUCAUUUGAACUAAUUAAAUUUUAACUUAAACAAAUUAUAAACACAAUGCAUUGUUUAAGUCUACAAACAUCCAUACUUCUAUUCAAAGAAUUGUUUGGGUCUUUAUUAUCGUAUAAAAGAAUUGUAGAUUAUUGUCUCAACUAUGGUUAAACCAGUUAAAGUAACUAUUGGUCGAUUGUACAUUCUUAACUGGAUCAAAAUAUGAUUAUACAAAGAAUAUCGAAUUAUUAUACAGUAAAUGUCUUGGACUGUUCCAUCAAUGGUCAAUUUAAAGGAAGAAAGUAUUGUGAAUAUCACUGAGGUGUAUUCUUUAAUGAUCUUCGGUUAAGCGCAAAGAUUGUUAAAAAAAAAGGAAGCUUUUUAUUUCCAAGAACUGAUCAUUGCGUACUUCUGGAGUUCUAUAAAUUUGCAUUUUAUGUAUUUGUUGUUUGGAAUCGGAUGAAAAUUACAAAUUCACAAUUAAAAUAAUCUAUUGUGUCAGUGAAUAAGAAAAAUAGAAUUCAGCGAAGAAAAUUUUCUUUUCGACGAAAUCAUUUACUUAAGCUGUUCAUUCGUAUUUAUAUUUAUAUGUCUAUAGAAGGAUAGAAAAGAUUGCAUCAUAAAUUGAUUCGAGACUGUUAUUAUCAAAUGAGGUUACACAAUAAUCAAGGGGUAAGGAAGGAAUAUAAGGAUGAAAAUAAUUUAUAGGUCAGAUAAUUGUCCCAUUGACAGAUAAGAAGAAAAACGACAAACAUGUGCCUGGUCUUACGUUGUAGCUGACUGACUGACUUGUUAUCACUUAAUGAUGUGUAUUUAAUGACAAUAAUAAUGGUAAUAAUAAUAUUCACCUUAUGCAGUAACGUAUAUUUAAUGACUGUAGUAAGAAAUUCUCAGCAGAACAUGUGCGAUUUUCAAAAUUUACAUUUAACUUGUCUUUAUGUAAAGGUAUGUAUAAGUAAACUAUUUUUAACAAUGGUUACUCGUCAUUCAUCUUCAUCAGUUAGCUUUUUACACCAAUUCCGCAAGUACAGCAUUUUGUUUCAAAUGAUAUUUCUGAUGAAUGAAUCUCAAAAGCCUUUUUCGCCAAACAAUAGCGAAGAGUGAAUAUAUGUAUCAAACUCGUUUGUCUUUCCUCCUGAAUGUUUUUACUAUUAAGCAUUGCAAAAUAUCAACUUUUUACAUAAGUCGAUGAGUACACUAUCCGAUGUACAAACAUAAACACUUAAUUAAAAACAAAUCAAAACAGGAAGCUGCAUUUCAAUGCUUGUGUUGUUAGUUUAAGGGUCGUUAUAUAUUGCAUGAUUUCAAGCUUGGAUGAGCUGGAUAAGUAUAUCGAAACCAGUCUGUAGCCAUUACUAUUGUUACACACGUGAUUUAUUAUAACUUUUGAAUGGAUGCAUUAUUCUAAUCUUUCCAAUUAUUCUGUCAUUCAUAUUAUGUUUUUGUCAAUUACAUGUAGCCCUGACUGUGUUUUAUACGUGCAUGUAUGAUAGCACGUUUGCGUCUAUCCAUCAGUAAUUUUAAAUAGCAUAAAAACGGAAUCACAUUAUUCUAAGUCAUAUUACGGAGCUCCGAUACUUAAUACAAUUGCUCCACAAUGUUUUGCUUGUCGCCUGUUUAACAUUAUGUACAAAAUAUACGUAUUCUAAAUACAUUUG